UUCUGAGUCGUGUCAGUGCUCCGGCGGACGCGAUCGCGCGCGAGUGUGUCGUACAGUAACGUUGUUUCACCGCUGGAAGAACGAAGUGAACGGAGAAAAGGGAGUAGAAAUACUUAGAAGGAUCUACCUACAGGUGCGUGUUUCCGGUGUGGUGAACGAGCAACGAAGAACAUCAGGGACACGAGUCACAGCGAUAAUCAGCACUAUAUUUCUAACAUUAAAAACGAUUCACGCGCAAAAGGAAAAUUCUGCUUCGCGUUCGUUGUGAUCUUUUAACGUUUUCAAGAAUUCGACCUUCGUUCCCAGAGGUCGCGAGGCUGUAAGAAUGUACUAGGAAAACCAUAGAAUUGGAAAUUAAAGUAUAAUAGUCGGACGAAGAGCAUGUUCUUGGAUGUCGACUUUUUCGUUGAAAAUUCUUCUGCGUGCUAUUAAUAAUAAUCUUUCGAAUGAUUCCUUCUUUUUAAUGGAUCGUUAAGAAAAGUACGUACAAUUAGUAGUUGAAAUUGAUAGCUUUAUACGUAUUGUCCAUUUUCCGUCCUUGGCGGCUGUUACUACUGAAUUUCGUACCAAUACGCGAUCUACGACACGCUUAUCAAUCGUAUCGUGUUUCCAUUGUGUUCCUCGAAUACAUAAAAAUCUCGUCGAUGAAUCGUCGACGUUAAACGUGUAGGAAAUAUUUCGCGAGAUCGAAAGUCUGACGACUACGUUAUUUACUCGAGGUAGUCGCUAAUAAUUCAAUCGUUGUUCUUAUUUGUUUGAUAUUAAUAUUCAGUCAUAUCGUUGCUCUGUCAUACAUGAUUGCGGCGUUUCGUUUGACUCGCCUGUAACUCACGUUCGAGACACACGUGUCUGUGAUUUCGCGCGACGGAAACGUAUCACUGGCAACGCCGUCGAUACGACACCGAGUCUUCCGGCGCGUCAACGAAGGAAUUUACUUGCUCGUGGGACCAACAUCGCCAGCUAGGCGUUUCUCGAAGAGAAGUCUGAACGGUGUCUGUGCAUCCGGUAAACAGGUUAUGCGUGGUCGUGUCGCGACAAAAACUCUGCCAGGCUUAGUCGAAACGUUCGGAUAAGCUCAUUGUGUUUAUGACUUGUUCGGUGUCGUGAAUUACUCGUGACGAUGUGCGAUUAAGAAAUCUUCGCUGAAAUUUGAAAAAUAUAAACAAGCAUCGUGCUCGUGAGAGAGUGCAUCGUUAUACGUAUGUAUGUGUAAUACAGAGUGCAGAAGUCGCGUCGGUUAAGCCGUUCGAUAAUCCAGUGUGUUCGGCGAAGUGAAAACGUGAAUGAUAAUUGGCGAUAGACGAAACAGCGAUUCGAUAUUCACAUUUGGUGCGUUUAAUUAAAGGCUUGUUCUUUCGUCGAAAGAAAUACAAAAGUGAAAGAAGCUACGAAAAGAAGGAGAAGAUAUUCGUGGAAAGCUGCGGACCGUGAUAAGAAACAGAAUUUUUGAAGGAGUAUUUGUGACACGUUCGUCGAUAUCCAGAAGAAUACAACGAUUUAUUCGGCUGGCUUGUUUCAAUCCUCAUCCAUUCGCGUCUCCAGAAACAGCUGUCGAGAAUUUCGAGUCGAUGAGAUCGAAGCAGCGGGACGCGAGCUGAAAACGCGCGGCUGCCGUCGUUGAAGGCUACUUAAAACGACCAUUGAGCAUUCGUCAGGGUGCUCGAAUUACCCACAACAGGUGGCUCGCAACUCCGCCAAUACGAGCGCAACAUCUGCAACUCCGGGCGGCUUGUGGGAGUGCAGCAAGUGCCUGGACGAGAUGCGGCUGAUGCAGAGGCUGGCGAUCAGCGGACUCUUGUCCGUGAUACUGAUCGUCCUUCUGACCAGCACGUUCGUCACGCGUCGCGACUUGGCAAAUGUCGUCGAACGUGGUGUGGCGCCGGAAGAGCGAAACGAACAGCAAGUAAAUCCAGCCUGGGUACAGAGCAACGUGGUUCCGGGCCAGGAUGAGCCGAAACCCGAAGAUAAGGAUCGACGACCGGAUUUCAAGCAUAGACAGGUCGAGCCAUCCGCGGUUGGACCCCCGCCGAUUUCUGUACCCGGACCCUACGUCAUUAGAUCGCCUAAUCCACCUCUGGAUGACGUGACUAAUCAGCGCCGCGAGAAGAUCAAAGAGAUGAUGAAACAUGGCUGGGACAACUACGUGAGGUACGCCUGGGGAAAAAACGAGCUAAGACCAAUCUCGAAAAGGGGUCACAGCGCUAGUAUCUUUGGUGCUUCAAAUAUGGGUGCGACCAUCGUCGAUGGCCUCGACACCCUGUACAUCAUGGGUCUACACGACGAAUUCAAGCAAGGCCGUGACUGGAUCGCUGAGAAUCUCGACUUCGAUAUCAACUCGGAAAUAUCCCUCUUCGAGACGAACAUUCGUUUCAUGGGAAGCCUGUUGGCGUGUUACGCUCUCACCGGGGACGUGAUGUUCCGGGAUAAGGCGGCUCAGCUUGGCGAACGGAUGUUGCCCGCUUUCCAGACGGAAACCGGAAUUCCUCAUUCCCUCAUCAAUCUCCAUACCGGGGCGAGCAAGAAUUAUGGAUGGGCGAGCAGCGGGUGCAGCAUUCUCUCCGAAAUUGGCACGAUGCAUCUCGAAUUCACCUACCUCAGUGACAUCACAGGCAAUCCGGUUUUCAAGAGCAAGGUCGAGAACGUGAGGAAAGUGCUGAAGAACCUGGAGAAACCGAAAGGACUCUACCCCAACUAUAUUCACCCGAAGACUGGGAAAUGGGGCCAGCAUCACAUGUCGUUGGGAGGUCUCGGUGACAGUUUCUACGAGUAUCUGUUGAAAGCGUGGAUUCAGUCCGGCAAAGAAGACGUCGAAGCCCGACAAAUGUACGACGAAGCUAUCGCGGCUAUAGAUCAACACAUGAUCAAGACAUCACAGGGCAAGCUGCUCUACGUGUCGGAUUUAAAAUACGACAGGCUCGAACAUAAAAUGGGCCAUCUGGCGUGUUUCGCUGGUGGUAUGUUUGCAUUGGGAGCGAAAACCCAGGAAAACGAACUGUCUGAGAGAUACAUGACAAUAGCCGCUGGUCUGACCAACACGUGCCACGAAUCCUACGACAGAAGUUACACGAAACUUGGACCGGAAGCCUUCCACUUUAUCGAGGGUAACGAAGCGAAGAGUUUAAAGAACGGCGAAAAAUACUACAUUCUUCGGCCAGAGACCUUCGAAUCGUACUUCGUGAUGUGGCGGCUGACAAAGGAUCCGAAAUACCGUGAAUGGGGCUGGGAAGCUGUUCAAGCGCUCGAGAAAUACUGUCGCGUUCCAGGAGGCUUCACCGGACUUCAUAAUGUUUACUUGGUCGAUCCUCCGCAGGACGAUGUGCAACAGAGCUACUUCUUCGCCGAGACGCUCAAGUACCUCUACCUGCUGUUCAGCGACGAUGAUCUCAUAAAUCUGAACGACUGGGUGUUCAACUCCGAAGCUCACGUGCUUCCCAUCAGGGGCAACCCCCUGUACCGGGCCUCUCCCACUUUAUAAUUCAAAGGAAACUCUCACACCUGGAAGAAAACGACACACCGACGACACAGCAAGACCGUUCUAACAGCUCGAAACAAUCGGAAGUCGUCCGCUGUGCACCAGGAAGAGAGAGAUCAACAACGUGAGAGAUGAACAAGAAGAGGGAAUAACUCGGAACUACAAGGAACAAGAAAGAGAAGAAAAAGCAACGCAAAAAUUGAACAGUGUACGCGAUAAGAAAAUAUAAGGAAAAAUAGAACAGUGAACAAGUUUCUGGAUUUAGAAGGUAAAAAAGAAAGAAAAAAAAAGAAAAGGAAAAGAGAAAAGAAAGGGAAAAAGGAACAAACUAACGAACGCGUUAUUACCUGUGAAAAAUUAUAGACAGAUCGAUGAACAGUGAAAAAAAUAGGAAAAUGGAGAGAGACUGGAGAGGCGAGACGACGACGUGGAUACUCAGCUCGCAAAAGCCACGUGUCGCCGCGGUGAAUACAAUUAAAAAUAAUUAUUUUAGGUAAAACGAGAUAUAAUAGGGGACAGGGAGAAUGUGGAGAAGAUGAUAACGAACGUUAUUUAAGCGACAAACUAUACAGAUGAAGAAUUACACGGAGACACACACACACAUAUACACACAGAGUACGUUUGUAAAUAGCGAAAAAAGAAGGAAUGUGUGAACAAAACUAUAUAAUAGAUCGCGCGAGAAAGAAAGAGUGAAAGAAGCGAGAGACGAGAGAAUAAGGGAAACGUAUGCUCGAGCGAAAGGGACAAUUUGAAAUAGAGAAAGAAUGCGUGUAUGCGUGUGAGAGACUAGAAUGAAAAUUUAAUCGUUUGCCUGAAUGCUUGACCCAUUUUCUUUUUUCGCCUGCGACAUAAAAAUGGUCUAGGCAGCCGAACCUAUUUCAAGGAAGAUCCGAAUACCGAACGUUCCAGUCGAAUCUCUUGGUGAUUAUGGCGAAACUGUUCAAUCGGUGUUUCUCUUUUCCUUCUUCCUUCUGUUCGAGCUUUUUUGAAAACGUGGCACUUUAAUGUCCGAGAGGUAAAAAUUAAAAAAAAAGAAAAAAAAAGAACGAAAAUUAUAAAAUUCUUUGACAAAUAACGAAAAUGAUUAUUUGCUAAAUAAUUAGUCGAUGUAAUUGGUUUGGGAAUUCGUAUUUCAUGGGAAAGCAUUUAGAUCGAAAUAAGUAAUUAUUUAAAAAAGAACGUUUAAAAAAGACGUUAAGAACGUUUGAAAAAAAAAAAAAAAAGAAAGAAAAAGACACCAGUCCUCCAAGAAGAUCGAUCAGCGGAUCUAUAAGUUAUUCUUGUUUUAAUUAACAAUUAUAUCGAUCGCUGAUCGAUCUCGCUACUUCUCAGACUUCACCGACACAAGACAUUCUUCUUCGCGGCUUUUUCUAUCUUUUUCUACUUUUUGAAUAAACGACACACUGCGCCUCGAUCGUCUCGGUGGCAGAAAGCGCCGAUGGAAAUUCGUUCGAUCCGGUCCCGCUACGUAUUUGAUGCGACGAUUUCGUUUUAAGUUUUAACCGGCUACACGCAUAUUUUAUAAAAAUCAAAGUUCACGGAAUUGUUAAUAAAUCGCUAUUUGUCUUUGUUUAGAAAUUUUAAUAUAUUUAAUUACGAACGAAGGGUAACUCUCGUUUCUCUUUAAACAAACUGUUGUCAUAAUUCAUGAAAACAUGAAAUAAAAUCAAAAGACGACAUUAGCAUUUUUGCAUUUUAUACCGUGUGAAUCCAUUUAUGCUUAAAAAGAAUAUUUUAUUGAAAUACCGGAGUUUCGUUGCUUAAAAUAACACAGUUAUUGAAAUUUGGAAAUCACCUUAGAAAUACGAGUGCAGAGUUUACAGAAGCUGGAGCAUAAAUGGGUUACGUUUAAAAGUUCCUUACAUAUCCUUUUGUUUCUGCGUCGCGUUCGGCUGAAUUUUAAGGCGAAUCGCCAAGUGCUUCCAUGUAACUGGCUGGAGAAAAUUUCGAGAGAAGUUUCAGCCGAAACUUUUCUAUGGAAUUCGUAGUUUGAAUCUUUAUGGGCGUAAUAUGGAAAAGGAAUAAGCGUACGAGGAAACGUAAGGAAAGAUUUUACGAUUUUCGAGCGUGUUUAACGGCGAUAUGAAGCACAAGAGCAAAAGCGUCGGCUACUUGUGCGAAUUACAAUGCUAUCGAUGGAAGAACAGGCUUGGUUUAUUUCACGUAUUUUACAUAUUUAUGCGUUUGAUAUCUUAUUAUUUUUACCAUCGCUAAGAUUCUUUACGAAAAUUUUCUUAAGUGUUGCAAUUUAUUUCCGUAAAAUACGAAAAAUCCAAUGAAUUAGUAGAUUUAUCAUAAAGUACAUCUAGAAUAUUGACAAAGCACUAAUAGAUUAUUUUAAUAAAUAUCUAAAUAUUUUAACGCUAUUGAUUUUAAAAUUUAUCUUAAAAUUCUACUUCUAUCUUAGUAAGGAAAUAUAUGUUCGAUGUGAAUUCUUUCAUCGAUCCAACGAAUAGUUCUCAAAAAAGUCAAUUAUCCAUCAAAGAAAUUAGUAAAAGAGCAAUCUUCAAAAUACGAAAUUUAAACCAUCCAUCCAUUUAACGAAACAAUCAGUUUUCGUUUCUUCGACAAGUUAUAUUGUCUGAAAAAAUCAAAAACCAUCCCCCAGUACAAUCUUUAUCACGAUGAACAUCAACUAGAGGGUUGCCCUUCGGACAACGAAAUAUAAUUAUUAUUAAUAUUAUGCAAAGAUGAGAAAUUGGCUGGCAAAAGAUUCGAUCUUACUUUCUUCUUGAUAAACCAGCAGGAAUCUUCUAUUGUUUUCAAAAAAUCUUCGAUGUAAAAUUCAAACAUGAAAAACGCGUAUUAGCAACGAUUCUUUCAUAUUUGUUCAAACUUGAGAGAUUUUUUAACGAUAGAAAAUCGUAAUCGAAUCGUCAAUUAUCACGAUAUAGGACACGAUCACCAUCUUUCGCUCUUGCGCCCUUUGCAUGGCCAUCUUCUCAACUUUGCACAAUAGAAAAAUUCAAAACCACUGGACUGGAGAUGUUUACACAUAUUCGUAUUUUUAUGAACGCAAAGAAACGAAAGACAAUAUUUGAUUCACCUACUUAAUAUUAUCUUUAAUCGAGAAUCGAAAGCUUCUGCGUUGCUACUGUACACAUUAAACGCGAAAUAAAAAUUCGAGCUAUGUCUCGGAUAUUUUUUAUAUUUUUCAGCAUUGCGUGCAUUUUUGCACCAUUAAAUUUCCCCGAAGCACGUAAACAUCCGCAGUCUAGCGAUCACCGUUGCAUCGAUUCUCGCGUUCGACAGCAUCAUCCAUCGAAUAUUCGUCUCGUGGAAGGCUUUCGGCCAUCGAGCUGCCGGUAGUAGUUUCCGGUGCAAACGUAACCUCACGAGACUCAUAUUUUUUCUUGUGUGUGUUGAACAAAUCAAAAAUCGCGAGCCAAAUUCCUACGUCGUAUCCAUCAUUGACCCUAUGCAAAGAAGACUGGAUCAUUGUCAACGCGAUUGUCGAAUAUUUUAUUCUAUUGAAACUUCUAUAAAUGUAACUUCUCCACUCGUCUAUGACAAUCGAAUUUACUUAAAAAGUAAAACCGUAAAACCUUAAAAAAUUUAGAACAAUACUGUCGCUUUUAGUCAAAAUAUCCCAGUAGCAUGUUUGCAUUUUUCAAGAUACGCUGAAGUAUUUGAAAUUUUUACCUGCGUUUCUUACCUUGCGAGUAAAGUUACGUUAUACAGGCUGUAGCGAUACGAUGACUAAAUAUUUCAAAUUGAUCGAAGAGAGUGAUAUAAUUCGAGUUUUUCUAGGUUUUAAAUAGCAGAUAGGAGAUUUUGAUCAAGGAGGACAGAAUAAUCAUCGAGUCCACAUCGAUCGUUUCUAUGAAUUGUAAAUUAGAAAAAAUUGACAUCACAAACGCUGUUCUUUUUUAUUUUUAUCUUAAAAUUCGCUAUCAACCAUGUCACCUCAUUGCGAUAAAUAAACUUACCGGAGUCUCCUAUUCGUUUCCUAAAAAUCGAACUGCUACCGUACGCUUUUGUAUUGUACAAUAAAAAAGAAAUUCAGAAAACCUAGAAUUGGUCAAGCUAACUUAACUGGCAGCUUCGCGUAAUCGUAAUUUAUAAAGAGACAAACGUAAAACACGUACGUGAGACGGAAUUGAUUCAGCCUUCGUUGUCAGAUGGUUAAACGAUCGACAGAAGGAUGAGUCGCGCGCGAUUUUCAACGAAAGGGGAAAAGCGUAAAAGCGACGCGCGAAAUCAGUCGCGCGUGGUAGUUUAGUAAAGGAUGUAGCAACCGAUAAACUAGCGUGUAUAUAGAUGAAAAGAUUUCAAAAGAGAAAAGUAAAAAAAGAAAGUCAUAUUCUAUAGGAGGUACGAGGCGUAGAAACAGAGUUAUAUAGAGGUUACUGAAUGUGUAAUUGUAUAGGCUUUGCAACGAACGUGCGCAAGGAAAGAGAGAAAGAGAGAGAGGAUAUGUGUGCGUGAGAGUGGAGGUACGUGAGAGAUAUUGUAAAUUCGAGUUGUCAAGACGCGUUUCGAAUUCGAGUCGGAUGCGUUCCCACGUUGCGAAGCUGCGUUCCAUUACGAAUAACGAGCAGCGUUCUUGGAAAGAUAAAGAUAACUUUACGAAAUGUAAAAAUUACUUUUGUUCCUUUUCGUCAUUUUUUUAGAUUUAUAAGUUUCAGAGAUUUUAAUAGGCGACAAUAAGAAUUAAAGUAUGUUGGUUAUUUAAAGGUAUAAGAAAUAGAUUUCCGUAAUAUCUUUUUAGAAAAAUCCCUUGGUUUUCGUAAUUUUUGUAGGUUUCUAAAUUAACCGAAUACUUCGAAAGUACAAACACCUAGACUGUCGUAGUAUUUCAUAAUGAUUAAUAGAUGGACCUUUUGCAAGGAGCUUUUUUAGGACGGUCAAAUUUUGAGCAACUAUUUCUCAACGAUUAAUUGAUAACGCAUAACGAAACUUCGGAUAUCGAGAAUUUAAGACAGAUAUGAAUUAAGGAAACGACAUUUCAAAUUGCAAAACCAAAAAUGGAAAUCAUUUAUUCCUGACGAAGAAGAUUUAUACCAUCGCCUACGAAUGUUUGAAGCUCUUCUGCAACUCAAUGUACAAAGAUCUUCGAAGUUUAAAACACUGCCUGUCUCAAACCGCCGACAUUAUGUAAGCGAUUUUCGUCCUCUUCUUUCAGGAAUCACGCGAAUAUUCUUAUACGGUUUAACAAAACGAUUGUCGAAAGGGAAACUAUAGAACGUAUUUUUAUAACAAGAAAGGAAAGAACGCAACAAAAGAGUGGGCUAUCAAACGAUCGAAUCAACAAAUCUUUUUUUCCAAGUAUCGACUGUCGUUUUUCGCAAUUAAACGCAGCAGAAGGGACGGGAAAUAUCGAAGAAAUAUGUGUCCUUGAUCGAGGACCGAUCUCGAGAAAUUUCCCGCAUGCGCUUUCUAAACAAUCAGCGAGUCGAUGACUAAGACGGCCAGAAAGUUACUUAAUAUAUUAUAUAUAACAUAAUGAUACUUUACGCCUCUUGCCUUUUUCGUUCCUCGAGCUCGGAUGGCCGCUCGGAAAUUCACUGUUUCGAGCGUUCAUCCUUGGAACAGAAGCAAGACACCAUAGAAUGUAUACACUCAACUAUACGGAAGUACAUGCGUAUGUUUCUCGUACAAGAUGGAAGCGAAAUGCUUAAAUACGAGAAUUGACAAAGAAACAAAAGAAACGAGCAGGUGUUUCGAUUGCAAUUUCUCGUACGUUGUGUGUUUCUAAGAGAUUCAUUGAUCCUUGACACAGUUACGAUUAUCAUUCGUUUAUGGACGUUCAUUGUUACUGACGUGUUUUGAAGCGAUCUGUUCAAAAUAAUUCUUUCGUCGAUUCUUCGUUUCGUUUUGAAAUGGAAGAUUUCGUCGGGAAGCUUCGUUCAAUCCGAAUACGAAAAGAGAGAUAUUUUUAGAAGAUGUUUGCGAUUUUGAUCCGAAAUAGACACUUGUAAUUAUUUAUUACGAAUUUAAAUGUAUAUAAUUAUUAAAGAAUCGUCUUACUUUGAAUAUAUUCGUCGUUAUUAUUUAUGACAAUGUAGGAAGGAACAACGAAUACCAUCGAAAUUUCAUUUGUCAAGGAAAAAUCGUUUCGACGACGUGGUAACAACGGACAGACCGAGAAAACUUCAGUGUCUUCUAACGCGUGGAACCACCUCACUCGGAAUUGGACGAGCAAGCGAUCUUCGUUUUCCUCCCUUUCCGUAGGAACAAAUCAAUCGAACAAAACAAUUCUAUUUUGCUGCUGAUAUUAUAUACUUACACGAGCAAAGAAAUAAAACGACAGAGGGAAACCGUUAGGUCGUUGUCCUGUGUAAAGAAAAAAAAAACAAAUUGUUAUUUAUAAUAGUAACGAAAAGAUUGUCGCUGAUCUAACAGAGCGACGACGAUGGACGAGGAUAGAUUCGACGGUGAUGAAGAUAGUAAUAAACGAUAAUUAGCCUAUACAUAUAUUUGUGAAUAGAUAUUUAAUAAUUUAUUGUUAACUAGAGUAUUUUAUUUGAAGGAUUUUCAUUAAACGGGGUUUCGGGUACCAAUAAUAUCGUUUCUUACGCCAGAGAAAAAAAGGGGUUAGAAAAAAAAGAGACAGAGCGAGAGAGAGAGAGAGAGAGAGACUGUGUGAAAGCGAUUAUGGUGUGAGUAAAGUGAGUGAAGAAAAAAAAUAAUGAGAUUAAAAUGAGCGACAAUUUCUACGUGCGCUUUUGUCAAAGAAUCGAGAGAGAGAGAGAGAGAGAUAGAAAAGAAAAGAUAGAAAACAGUUUCUUAGCUUUACUUACCUAAUUUUUGUAAGCAGAGCGACAACAGACAGACGCCGGUAAGAGGAAAAAUAAAAUGGUGUAAAAGAAAACAAAUUAUAUAUAUUAUAUAUUUAUCGUUGGUCGAAGAACGGAGAGAGGAGAACGGGUGAACGAGAGGAAAAAGAAUAAUAGAAUAAAAUGUAAAACAAUGAGCGCGUCAAGCGCCAGCAUUCGACGCAAACUAUAAUUAUACUUGUAAAUACAGUACACGAUUUAGUGAUAAUAAGAGGGUUUUACUUUUAACAGCUUUAUGUGAUUAUUACUUUGUCAUGAUCAAUGAAAUAAAUAAAUGAUGAUAAUACUUUAA